AUGUCUUUCGGUGGCUUCGGCACCUCCAAUAUGUCUGGGGCUGGCACCUCAGCGGAGCUUGGGCCACAGCUGUCGGAUGUCUUUACUGAUGAAGUUGGUUUCAAAGGCCUCUCUGGCGAUGCCAACAUCAGGUUCCUUCCUACUCCAUGGCCUAAAGACUCCCUUCCUGCCCCGACCUCUUCGCUUCUUGCUGUCGCGCAGACGCAAGGACUAGUGGUGGGUGCUGGGCCCGAUUCGCUUGUAGUCGCGCCGGCAGACUCUGUUCGCAAGGCAAUCGAGGCCCCAGCAGGGGAUGAUCAAUCUAAAACCAAAGCUUUCCAACCCCAAGCCACAAUCGCUAUCCCUGCUCGCCCUACCCAUAUCGCCUUCACCGCGGACGACUCUGCUUUAAUACUGGCCACUGAGAAUGGAUCCCAAAUCUCCGUUUUCCAGACGACUUCUCUCUCGCAAAAUAAUGCUCAACCUGCUUUGUCUGUCCCUACAAACGGAGCAUCGAUUCGGGCACUGGUCCCGAACCCCGAUCCUACAUCUACCUUAGUUGCCCUUGUUACAGUGAAUGGGGAACUUCUUGUUGCCGAUCUGAAAGCUGGGAACUUGCUUUCGGGGGCCAAUGGUCCAGUUCUCCGGAAUGGCGUCAGCAGUGUAGCAUGGAGCAAUAAAGGAAAACAGCUGUUGGCGGGAUUAGCGGACGGUUCUGGAGACCAGAUGACCCCUGAUGGGACAAGAAAGGACCAAAUACCUCGGCCAUCUGACUUGGAAGGGGAAUAUCACGUUUCGUCGGUGGCAUGGCUAGAGAAUGAUGUAUUUUUCAUGGUCUACACCCCCAAUACCUCGGAGGAUGAUAUGGGACAGAACCCUGAAUCGUUCUAUUACAUUAUCACACGCAGGAAGGGAUCUCCUUUUUUGAUUCAGAGGUUGCCCGGCAUUUGCUCGACAAUGGGAUUCGAAAUGAAGCGUUCACCGGCCUACAACUUCAUUGUGCGGCUGCGAGACUACAAGCCGCAUCUGAAAGACGUUUUGAUGGUCGCGUCAACAGCCUCAACGGAUGUUGGUUUGAUUACCAGAUCAGAGCAGCCUUUGGCUGAUGAUGAAACCUCAAAGGGACUAGCUGGCCAAUUCACGACAACCGAGGUUAAUGACGAUGGCAAACGGGCUUCCAUACCCUUGAAAGAUUUAGAUGAGGAGACCUCCGUGAUUGGUUUGGCUGCUGACCUGUCGUGCAGCGAGACAGUCUUGUCCCCAAUUCUUGGUGCCGAUAUCUCGGAGAGCGCCACACCCUUGCCUGGACUUUUCCUUCUCAACAACGAAGGUGUCCUGUCGGCUUGGUGGUUCAUCUAUUCUGAGGCCAUCCGCCAGAAGGUUCCUUACGUUGGUCUUUCUUCUGUGCCUUCUUCUCAGGCGACAGCCCCUGCAGCCCCCGCGGCCCCAGCGCAGCAAACUCCAGCUUUCGGACAGCCUGCCUUCGGUAGCUCAACAUCUUCUCAGACUGCGCCUGCCCUAGGAGCCCCGGCUUCCCAGCCUGCAUUUGGCAAGUCUUCUUUUGGCAGCCCAUCACCUUUCGGUGCGUCUGCUUUUGGGAAGCCUGCUGGUGGCGGUGCUGCUUUUGGUAGUCCUUCAACUAUGGGUGCAACGGCAUUUGGCAAGCCGUCGAGCCCUGGCUCAUUUGGCAGCCCUGGAGCUGUCCCGGCCUUUGGUAAGCCUUCAUUCGGCACUCCCUCCACGCCAGCGCAGCCAAAGUUCGGCGCCUCUGGCUUCGGCACUGCUGCAUCUCCAUUCGGCAAUCCUGGCAAUCCCAACCCAACUAAAUCCCUUCUUGGGUCUGGGUCUGGGGCAGCCGGGGCCGGCUUCAGCUCUUUCUCAACGGGGGCAGGAGCUGGUGGCGGGUUUAGCGGAUUUGCAGCAGCUGCCAAGCCUGGUGAAUCACCUUUCGCGAAAAAGUCCAGCGGGCCGCCUUCUGGCGAAGCCUCCACUGGGUCACCUUUCGCGAACUCGGGUGCAAGCGCCUUCGCAAAAGCAGGAUCAUCCACGACUUUUGGUGCAAGUACUGAAUCUAAAACAGCUUUUAUGCCGUCCAACUCUACCCAAGUGAAGAAUCCUUUCGGUGGAGGCGGUAGUAAUGGCUUCGUGCUUGGUUCCACCUUUAAGCCCGAUGGCACAGCUGCUUCAGAUGAACCUAAAUCGGACAAGCCAUCGUCUGGAUCAUUCUCCUUCGGCCUGUCGGUUGAUGAUAUGGUGUCUUCCCCCAACAAGACCAGCCCUGCGCCGGAUGCCAUGGAUGAUAUGGAGGAUGCCGACAAGCCUGCAGAAGGUUCAGCGAAGACUGAACCAACGUCUAUCUUCGGCAACUCUAAACUACUUGCAAAUGAUACACCGGUAAAUCCGUUUGCCAAAGCCAACACUCCUCCGGGCAAGUCUCUGUUUGGGUCUCAAGAUACUGAUGUCUCCAAGACGCCGUCCACGGAAUCAACCAAGUCACCCUUAUCAUUAUUUGGUAACAAUGCAUCGACUAGUGCGACGAGCCAGGCUAGCUCCACCCAGAAUCAAGUUACAAGUCCAGCUUCGAUUCCUUCAGACAAGACUGCCACUCCAAUGAGAGAGACCUCUACACCUACGUUCUCAUCUUUCCUGGAUGCUCCACUGCCACCUGACCCAACCAGUCGGGAUAGUUAUGCACCCGGAGAUACAUCCGCUUCGUCCAAUGUCUCUAAGAGCUCGAAAGAAACCAAGCCAGGCGGGCUUGUGCCUCCCCCGGAUUCAUCUUCACAAAAGAAGCCCACACCGAAGGCUGACAAUGCCUCUCCGCCACCAGAAUUCAUUGACGAAAAGCCCGCGUCCGAACCUGAAGACGCCCCUCUUCCACCUGACUUUAUGUCCAAACCAAAGAAGGAAUCGAGCCCAUCUGCUCCAACCAAGGAGGCAUCUCUACUUCCAGAAGCACCCAGUUCGGAGGCUAAAACUGUACCUGCAGAAGAAGCAGCUCCCCUCCCUGAUGGGUCAGAUGCAGAUUCAGAGAAUGACUCCCACGAGUCCGACUUCAGCGAUAGCGGAGAAGAGAUCACGCACGACGAAACCAACGUUCCAAGCCCCAAGCUUUCAGAAAGCUCGUUCGCUGGGCUUUCUGACAAAGGCUCUGGCGGUGGGAUAUUUGGCGGAUUCUCGAAACCCGCAGCGAAGCAAGCACAGCCCCCUCGUCAACUCUUUGGCGAAAUUCCCAAACAGCCGCUUUUGCCACCUCCCGGCCCUGUUGCACAGAAUGGCCGUGAGCCUUACCGGUCUCCUAGUCCGACCCGAACUACUUCAAAGAAGGGGCCCUUUUUCGGCAGGCCUGAGAAGUCCAAGGAGGCUGCUGCCGCCGGAACUGCAUUGACUGCUCGCAAGGCUUCAUUGAGUCAGCUCGCUCAGAGAAACGGUCAAUUGCGAAAGCCUCAGGACGCAGACCAAGACCACGCACGUCUUCAUCAGGCUGCACAACAACGCCGGGAUGAGGAAGAGGCUCUGUCUCUCUCCGAUGACGAUGAAGAUGAAAGGCUCCGUGCUGAUCUUGCACGGCCUAUUGAGCCAGUUUCUACCCUCGAUCCUUUCCUUCCGCAUCAAAGCUACACGGGAGAUACCACCAAGCCAGGAAUCCCCGGUAUGGUCGAGCGCAUGUACCGCGACAUCAACGCCAUGAUCGAUACCUUGGGAAUUAACGCUCGAUCGCUCGAAUCUUUCCUGCUCCAUGAACAGCCGCCUCAGCCCUCCGACCCCGGCAAUUGGAUUAAAAUCCUGGAAAGUGAACAGCCGACCGAUCUCCUGGACGAGAAGUUCACCCUGCAAGAUAUCUCCAAUUUGGAUGAGAUCUUUGCCGCGUUGACUGUCGCACUUGAGAAGGGGCGUGUUCAAGGUGUAGAAGAGAAGCUUGAGCAGGGCCGUGAGCUACUGACUAAGGACAUUGUGGCUCUCCGUGGUCAAUGUGCUAGCAUUCGCAAGACCCUUGACACCUACACCGAUUCUGCAGCCAUCCUCGUGGCCCCUCUCCCAUCGGAACACGCCGCUCUCCAACAGGAGCUGCGGACCGAAUUCACCAGGAUUCAAGGCAGAUUAGCGGAGGCAGAGGAAGGCGUUUCCCUGCUUCGAGCAAAGAUAGCCGAUAUACCUCGUACCGAUGGUGACGCUUCCCGGCACUCAAUGAAACGGCCCACUGUGGAAGCAGUCGCUUCUACCAUUUCCACAAUGAUGAGUAUGGCAGAGCGCAAGAGCAGCGAUAUUGACGUUCUCGAGGCUCAGAUGCGCAAGCUUGGCGUCGACACCACUAGCCCCGCCCCUGCAAGCCGCGAGGGAUCCUCUAUUGAUGGCAGUGCCUACCAUACCCCUGACUCCGCUUCCCGCGCUCUCAACUUCCGGAAUAGCAUCAACGGCUCUGCGAAGACGACUCGUCUUCGCAGCGUCGAGGGUGCAAGCUCCAUCAUCGCCCCUGAAGAGACCGCACAGUGGAACAUCAAGACUGAACGUCGGCGACGUCUCGUGGGCAGCCUGAAGAGUGCUCUUGAGAAGAAGGAACUUAAAGUGCGCAGCGCAGACGACCUGUAA